AUGAAGGGAUUCACAACUUUGAGCGUUUUGCUCGCCAGUGGCGCAGCUGCACUUCCAGGAAGCAGUGUUGCUAGAACAUCCACCGGCCCUCUGACAGCUCGAGCGGUCGAUGCAAAUGGGACCGUGAAAUACGCGGGUAUUAACAUUGCUGGCUUCGACUUUGGUUGUACAACAGAUGGCUCUCAAACCUUGAGAAACGUCAACCCCCCACUUCAAGCUCUCGGCGGCCCAGAUGGUGCCGGCCAAAUGAAUCACUUCCUAAAAGACGACCAUAUGAACAUGUUCCGUCUUCCAGUUGGUUGGCAAUAUAUCACAGGUUCCAAUUUAGGAGGGCAAUUGAAUUCUGGCAAUGCAGACAAGUAUGACCAGUUGGUACAAGCCUGUCUCAGAACUGGUGCUACAUGUGUCAUCGAUAUCCAUAAUUAUGCGCGAUGGGACGGCAAGAUCAUUGGUCAGGGUGGCCCAACGAAUGCGCAGUUUGUAAAUUUAUGGACACAGCUGGCGACCAAAUAUAAGAGCCAGGCAAAUAUCGCCUUUGGGGUAAUGAAUGAGCCCCAUGAGGUGGAUAUUGACAAGUGGGCGGAUACUGUCCAGCAAGUUGUGACGGCAAUUCGGGGAACUGGGGCAACUAGUCAAAUGAUCCUCCUCCCUGGGAACGAUUACACUUCGGCAGGGAAGUUCAUUUCUAACGGUUCCGCUGCCGCCCUAGCCAAGGUAACAAACCCAGACGGUAGCUUCACGAAUUUGAUAUUCGAUGUGCAUAAGUAUCUCGACAGCGACAACAGCGGGACGCACACCGAAUGUGUGACGGAUAACAUCGCGGAUGCCUUCCAGCCUUUGGCAGACUGGCUACGAACUAAUAACCGCCAAGCCAUAAACAGCGAAACAGGCGGUGGGAAUACAGCAUCUUGUGCAAAGUACCUUUGCCAGCAGAUUGCAUUCCUGAAUGCGAACUCUGAUGUGUAUAUUGGUUACAUCGGCUGGGCGGCCGGAGCUUUCGGUUCAACAUAUGAGCUUAAUGAAACGCCAACGGGAGGCGGGAAUAACUGGCAAGACACUUCGCUGGUAAAAGCGUGUCUGGCACGAGCUAGUGGCUAG